CCAAGAAGAUAACAAGAUGUCCUGUCCUGAUGGAGACAAAAUUUUGAAAACAGAAAAAGAUUGGGGAUUUACAGAUGAAGUACAACACAUCCUAAAUGUGAAGUCGGAGUCACAGCUUUGGUGAAAGGAUUGUCUGUUUUUGUUUUCUGGGGUGUGUAGCUGAAGGGUCGGCUAGGAGAUGGAGCGCUGAGUUGUUGUUCUGGUCACCAUGACAACACCCCACCACCAUCUCCCUUCUUUGUCUUUUCUCACCCCUAGACUCCCAUUCAUCCCCAUUGUUGUAGCUGAGCUGUGUUGCCCUGAGAAACCUCAGAGGACACUUGAGAAUGCGGCGCUUGGGUGCGGAGAAUUCAACACUGCGAAAUGCAAGAAAAUGUACAGCAUGUUGCGUUUUUUAUCAUUGCGUUUAUGGAAAUCUAAUGUAAAGCUUGCAGGUUUUAGAGCUGUGAAGAUGCUCGUCCUCCUUUCUGAUGUGUCCUGAGUGCUGGAGAUUUGAGGCCUGGAAUAGAAGGUGGCAUAGUUGCCCUUUAUUAGGCUGAGAACAGUCUCAGGGCCAAUGUGCUUAUGGUUUCUCAUGAAAAAGUCUCCCAUAAGGCGGUCGGAUGGGCUCAGCUACGUCCUGUGCUGCAGACAGCACACAGGCUUUCAACACAGCGCACAGUGCCAACAUUUUAACAAUGCUGUCUCUCUUCUUUCUGCUCCUGCUUGGGCUCCAAGAUAGAUUCCCUCAGGAGUAAAGUGGAUUUGCUGCGUCUCCCGUUGGUCCUUUCCACAAAGUCCAUCAGCAACCGUAAGAGUCAAUUGGGUGUGAUCUGGGAGAAGGGCGGUGGCACGGGGACAGGAGUGGCACGAAAACUCCGCCCACCGCCGGCCUUCGACAUGGACAACGAGUCAACGUAUUCAGGGUAUUCCUACAAGUCAUCCCACUCGCGUACGUCCCGCAAAAACAGAGACAGAAGGGACCGGCAUCGCUUAAAGAAUCGGGAUGGCUCAAUCCGUGGAGAUAAAUCUGUGAUGAUCCAGGCCCCGGGGGAGCCGCUGCUGGAUCCUGAGUCGACUGUAGUAGACGACAGGGACGAUAACUGGGGUGAGACCACCACCGUGGUCACUGGUACUUCUGUGGACAGUAUCUCCAAUGAGGAUCUGACUCGGAUCUCUAAGGACUUGGAGGACUCUUUACCUCUCGACUGUCGCCGUUACAUCAGCCCGGUUCUAGGAGCUAUUCUGGGGCUCAUCUCUGUGAUCACUCCUCUGGCUUUCCUUGCCCUUCCACAGCUCCUCUGGCGGGACACAUUGGACCCUUGCGGAACACCAUGUGAGGGCCUUUAUAUUUCUCUGGCCUUUAAACUCCUGAUCCUCCUCAUCUCCACGUGGGCGUUGUUUCUCCGCCCCUCCAGGGCCACUCUGCCACGCUUCUUUGUCUUCCGCUGUCUGUUGCUCGCACUGGUCUUUCUCUUUGUAGCGUCUUAUUGGCUCUUCUAUGGUGUGAGGGUUCUGGAGCCCCAAGAGACGGACUACAGGGGGAUCGUGGGAUAUGCUGCAUCUUUGGUGGAUGCGCUGCUGUUCAUUCAGUAUCUGGCUCUGGUCCUGCUCGAGGUCCGACACCUGCAACCCGCUUUCUGUCUGAAAGUUGUGAGGACUGCUGAUGGAGUCAGCCGCUUCUACAAUGUGGGGCAUCUUAGCAUCCAGAGAGCAGGAGUGUGGGUUCUGGACCAGUACUACAAGGACUUCCCAGUCUAUAACCCUGCAUUGAUUAACCUCCCCAAGUCCAUCCUUACUAAAAAGAUGUCCUCCUUCAAAGUCUACAACCUGGAAGAAGAGAACACCAACAACUCCACAGGCCAGUCCAGAGCCAUGAUAGCAGCCGCUGCUCGGAGAAGAGACAACUCUCACAACGAAUACUACUACGAGGAGGCAGAGGUGGAGAGGAGGAUCCGCAAACGCAGGGCCAGACUGGUGGUGGCAGUAGAAGAAGCCUUCACCCACAUCAAACGUCACCAGGAUGAAGAGACGGCCACAUCCUCACCCAAACACCCACGAGAGUUGAUGGACCCCAGGGAGGCCGCCCAGGCCAUCUUCGCCCCCAUGGCUCGGGCCAUGCAGAAGUACCUGCGGGCCACCAGGCAGCAGUCCUAUCACACCAUGGAGAGCAUCAUCAACUAUCUGCAGUUCUGCAUCACGCACAACAUGACACCUAAGGCCUUCCUGGAGCGCUACCUCAGCCCCGGUCCCACCCUCCAGUAUCUGGAUAACAACUGGGGGCGCCGGUGGACACUAGUGAGCGAGGAGCCGGUGACCACAGCCCUACGCCAAGGCCAGGUCUUUUCCUUAAAACGCCUCGACUUCGCCCUGGUUGUCAAGGUAAUGCCUCUUCCCUUUCUGGAUUUGGCUGAGGAGUUCAUCGACCCAAAAAGCCACAAGUUUGUCAUGAAGCUCCAGUCAGAGACGUCUGUGUAGGCAGACAGAACCCACCCACACAGAAGAAAAGAGGACGUUCAGAUGCUACUUCUCCAGGGCAUGUUUUUUUAUAUAUCUUUUAACAUUACAGUGUUAUUUUACAUGGUUCUUAUUUGAUGUGUCCAAAUGUAAAGCCAACGUGGUUUACAUUUUAGAAAGCCAAACUUAAUAAAACAUAUAUGGCCAGCUAAACAGAAGAUCCAGCCAUAGUCCUUAAUUGUAUGAGUUUCAAGAAAGAAAAAAACUGACAUUUUUUAUCAGAGUGCUGUUUACUUCUAAUAAUGUGCUGGGGGAGGAAGUCUGGCCCGGUAGUCUAACACACUGUUCUUUAGUCGCAAUUUCUGUACAAAUGUCAAAGAGUUUGAGACUGAAAAAAUGUUCUUCAGGCUUUACCUCAGAUCUUGUUGUUUUUGUACUGUCUUCGUUUUCCUGUUUUGUUUUAUACAAUUCAGCAUACCACUCUGUUAACAUUCUUUGUUUUUAUAGACUUUGUUUCUUUUUCUUUAUUGUUGUCUUUGCUCAAACUCAAACGUCGACGUUAAAAAUCAGAGUCGAGCAAAAACCAACUGAAAGAAAAUCUGACCUUUUCUCACCUUUAUACAGGUCCUUCUCAAAAAAUUAGCAUAUUGUGAUAAAGUUAAUUAUUUUCCAUAAUGUCAUGAUGAAAAUUUAACAUUCAUAUAUUUUAGA